AUGGGCCGGUUUUGUAAUAUCCUCUUCUUCCUUUGUGCCGUCACCAUUCACCUUUCAAUCGGUACUGCUCAAGUGCGAUUCACUUUCAAAAAACAUGCGUGUGUAGCUUCGGGUAAUUACAGCGCCAACAGCACAUACUCCACUAGCCUUAACAUCGUCCUCUCUUCUCUGUCUGCUAAUGCUAGCCGCCCCGACCGGUUUUACAACACCACUGCCGGCCUGAGCCCUGAUGACAAGGUUUAUGGCAUCUUCCUAUGCAGAGGGGACACCAAACCCCAGCUAUGCCAAGAUUGUGUCAAGGCUGCCAGUGAGGACCUAGUAAAUCGGUGCCCAAACCAGAAAGAGGCAAUCAUAUGGUUUGAUGUGUGCAUGGUGCGGUACGCCAACCGUGCCAUAUUCUCCUACAUGGAACAAAGGCCUAGAGGGUCUGCACAGAGUCCAACUGCUAUCCGCUCAGACUCGGGUGAGUUUAAUAGGAUUUUGGGAGAUUUGAUGGACAGGCUGGUGACAAGAGCCGUCUCAGGAUCUCCUCAGGACAUGUUUGCUAUUGAAGAAGUGAAAGUAACAGAUUUCAGGAACUUGUAUGGAUUGGUGCAGUGCACUCCAGAUAUAUCUCAACAUUUCUGUAAUGUUUGCUUGAGAAAUGCAUUAGGUGAUAUUCCAACGUGCUGUGGCUGGAGGGAGGGUGGAAGAGUUCUUGCACCGAGUUGCACUAUAAGAUAUGAAUCAGGCCCCUUUUUCGAAACCAAUGGAACGACAGUGCCAUCGUCUCCUCCUGCGACUUCAUCUUCGCAGCCACCAACCAACCCAACCAUCGCUCCUGUUUCCUUUAGGAGUGCUGUUAAAAGGUGGAAUCGCAAAGAGAAAGUUGAAAGUAAGUUCAUAAAGCUUCUCACCGAAGAUGAUGAAAUUAUAAGUGUGGAAUCCUUACAAUUCAACUUUAAUACUAUUAAAGUUGCAACAAACAAUUUUUCAAAUGGUAAUACGCUUGGAAGGGGUGGAUUCGGUGAUGUUUACAAGGGAGUACUUUCAAAUGGACAAGAAAUAGCGGUGAAGAGGCUAUCAAAGAAAACUGAUCAAGGUGAACCAGAGUUUAAAAAUGAAGUUCUACUAUUGGCCAAACUUCAACAUAGGAAUUUGAUUAGACUCCUAGGUUUUUGCCUAGACGGAGAGGAGAGACUUCUCAUUUAUGAGUUCCUGCCCAAUUCAAGCCUUGAUCACUUCAUCUUUGAUCCUGCUAAUAGGGUAUGUUUGGACUGGGAGAGGCGUCAUAGAAUCAUAAAAGGCAUUGCACGUGGACUUCUAUACUUACAUGAAGAUUCUCGUCUUCGAAUAGUCCAUUGUGAUCUCAAAGCUAGCAACAUCCUUCUAGAUGAAGAUAUGAAUCCUAAAAUUUCAGAUUUUGGUAUGGCAAGGUUGUUUUCAAUGGAUGAAACUCAUGCUAAUGCGAGUCGAAUUGCAGGAACCUAUGGAUAUAUGGCUCCAGAAUAUGCACAUCAAGGCCACUUCUCUACUAAGUCGGAUGUAUAUAGUUUUGGCGUAUUAAUUCUAGAAAUUGUAAGUGGCCAAAAGAUUUGUUUUGAUAAUGGAGAGGAGUUAGAGCACCUUGUAACCUAUGCUUGGAGACAUUGGAAUGAAGGGAGGGUUGUAGAUAUUGUCGAUCCAAUUUUGGGGACUAAUUUAAGAAAUGAAAUAAUAAGAUGCCUUCACAUUGGGUUACUAUGUGUACAAGAAAGUGUAGCUAAUAGGCCAACAAUGGCAUUGAUUGUUUCCAUGCUCAACAGCUAUUAUCUCCCUCUUCCCAGUCCCUCACGACCUGGAUUUUUAAUGCAAAGUAGCACACAGAUAGCGGGGCAUAGUUCUCAAAUGAGAAUCUCAACCCACUUUACGGUGAAUGAAGUUUCAAUUACUGAUUUAUAUCCUCGAUAAAUUCCAAUUUGUGUAAGAUCAUUAGAUAUAUUGUAAUUAGUCAUCAUAUAUAUUGCAAUUAAUUGUAGAUAU